ACCAGACCCAACUAUACACCCGACCCUUUUUUUUUGUAGAGCGGUAGAAAGAACGUGCAAAUAACCAUAACUCCAAUUUACCCUCACGAAAUUUACCCCUGCUGCUGCAGCUCCCGUCCGCCGCGACACCCACCGCAACAACUGCCGUCCAACCACAGCACCACCGUGAGGCGCCGCCUUCCACCCUCUUUUCUAUUUUCCUAUUUCCCUUGUCUCUCCCGUCUCGAACACCACAACACCACCGUGCGGCUUUGCCUUCCACGACUCCCUUCGAUUUUCCUGUUUCCCUUGUCUCUCCCGUAUCUCUCGCACACAGGCACAGCAUCGAACCCCAACCAUCUCACCACCUUCGUUCGACCACCUCCGCCUUCCACUUCAGGGGAUUUUGCAAUUCAGGCAAUUCUCGUAGUAACAAACCCCAAGAACCCUAUUAUCAUUGCAUGUAUGAUUUACCAGUCUUGUGUUGGUGGGUCUAUUUGGGUGUUGAAAAUGCAUCUUGGAACAUUGGGUUUGAAGAUGGGAGGAUUAGCAUGUCUGUGUUUUCCUGGACGCCGGAAAGUUAACCCCAAAGAUAAUGCCAUUUCCGAUGAACAACGUGACUGUAAGCCACCAGAUGUCGCCACCACUCCUACAGUUCAAAAGGUGGAUAACGAUCUUCUUAAUCAAUCAACAGAAAAGUCAGAAACAAAACAGGUGGAUGCUCCUUUGAAUACUAUUGGAAAGAAACAAAGGGAAUUCAGUUACCAAGAACUUGUAAAGGCUACAAAUAAUUUCAGGCGUGAUCGCUAUCUUGGGGAAGGUGGAUUUGGACAAGUAUAUAAAGGAAACCUAGAAAAUCCUAACCAAGUUGUGGCUGUUAAAAAACUCAAUAAAGAUGGGUUGCAAGGGAAUAAAGAAUUUCAAGUUGAAAUCACAAUGCUUUCACUCGUGUGUCACCCAAAUAUCGUUACCUUGAUCGGAUAUUGCUCCGAAAGCAACCAACAUCUUCUAGUUUAUGAGUUCAUGCCCUUGGGAUCCUUGGAAAAACACCUACAUGAUCCCAAACCAAAUAUGAAGCCACUUGAUUGGAACACGAGGAUGAAAAUAGCAGUAGGAACAGCUAGAGGCCUUGAUUACCUACAUAAUCAUUGUGAACCUCGUAUAAUCUACAGGGACAUGAAAGCAGCCAACAUAUUGUUAGGUGAAGGGUACGACCCAAAGAUUUCCGAUCUGGGUUUGGCUAAAUUCGGGCCAUUGGGUGAUAAAUCAUACGUAUCAACACGGGUGAUGGGCACAAUGGGUUACUGUGCACCUGAGUACGGGCUCACAGGCCACCUGACCAUAAAAUCCGAUACAUACAGUUUUGGGGUGGUUUUGUUGGAACUAGUAACAGGAAGACAAGCAUUAGACGACACAAAAGAAGGAGGUCAAUAUCUUAUCGAAUGGGCGAACCCGAUGUUGAUUGACAAAAGGAAGUAUGUGAAGCUAGCGGAUCCGAGGAUGAAAGGGGAAUUUAUGCAAAGAUCGGUGAGGAAAGCUGUGGAGGUGGCGUUGAUGUGUAUGAAUAAUGAUCAAGAAAAAAGGCCGGAUAUGAGUGAAGUUGUGGAUGCGUUGGAUUUUGUGGCGUCUCUUUCCGAUCCGGUUAUGGUUGGAGAUCGGAGUCGGAAUCGGAAUCAGAAUGGGAAGAGUGGAUUGAUUGUAAAUUUGGAUUCAAGUGAUGAUGAAAAUGAUGGGUUGAAAGAGGAGGAUGAGGAUGAAAGAGCUAAAGCAAUAGAAGAGGCUAAAAUGUGGGGAAAGAGGUAUAAGCAUGAAGCAGCAAACACAACGCCGUUAUAAUGCUCUGCAAUUAAAAUGACAACAUGUAGUAAGUAAAACCAACGAUUUUGUUGAGUUCUAUCUUUUUGUUAAUAGAAGCGUGUAAUUCCGAUAAUGAUUUGGGAUGAUUUAGGAUUUUGUCUUUGGAUGUAGAUACAUAGGUAGGUAUAUUGAUGGUAUAGAUAAGUUUAGACAAUAGGUUUGUUAUCUUUUUCUUUUUUGGAAGAUAUAUUGAUAACAUGAAAAGAAAGGGUUAAAUACUCAUUUAUGUAAAGUUUUGCAUUUA